ACACUGUUGUGCGCCGGAAGUGAGACUGAAAUCUAAACUUUUGGAUAAUAAGCCAAAUCGCUGGUAAAGCGUGACUGUUUUUAUGAGGACCGUGUAACAGGCACGAGGAGCCAGAAAACGUUUAGUUUUUAACGUCUGUGACGUUAUAAAACCCGACCCGAGCUAAAGAGUGGCAGUGGUAAUGAUGUCAUCGGGUGACGUCAGCGGCGAGCCGGAGAGGCUUGGUUUAUCGAUUUAAUCUGGAAGGAUGGAGGUUUUAUGAGAAAGGGAAAUCAUGAGGUAAUUUUGGACUCCAAAUUGCUGACUAGUAGUGAAGUGAAUGUCUGUGCCGCAGGUGACAGGUCGAGUAGAGGAGGAGGAGGAGGAGGAGGAAGAAAGGAUGGAGUGUGUUUAAAAGAGCAGUGUGACCCUCCUCAAUCCACACAUUUAGGGGUAAAUCUGAAGCCAUGUGGCAGCCCCACAGAGUCGAGUUCUUCCACCUCAGGAUUAUUGUCUUUGCCAUGGGAGAUGGUCGUAUGUAUCGCCUCUCAUCUGCCUGCUCAAUGCAUCAUCAACAUCCUGCCUAAGGUGUGCAGGGCAUUGGGACAGGUGGGUGAGGAUGUGCCAGCCUGGCAGCUCCGGGCUCAGCGACUCACAGGCCCCAAUAAAUCCUUUCCAGUUGGGCCAAGGAAUAAUUUCGACUGGCUCACAGCGUGCCUUGAGAUGGAACAAUUGAUUGAAAGCUGGGCAGGAUUCAAAGAAAAAGCAAAACCAGAGCAAGGUAUUGGGAUCCAGGAGGUAGGAAAUCAGGAUGAAGCUGUUUCAGCUGAUGAAGAAGGAGCAGGGCAAGUAGUGCCAAACAGAGAAGCGGAUGCAGAGAGACAACCUGGCCCUGCUGGGGAUGAAAUCAGGCCAGAAGGUGAAGAGGGUCCUGAAAGGCAUGCAGAAGGAGAAGAGCAGGAUAAUAACGUAAUAAUCAUGAGAGAAGAGGGAAGAGAGAAUGACGACCGACUCCAAGAUGGACACCAGGACCACGAAGACAGAGGGAUAAACAUAACUACGAAUCUCACAUCUGCCCUGGAGCAUAUCACACUCUCAUCAGGCCACAUUGCUGACGUUAAUACAGUCCUGCUGGUUGGAGGCGAAGGCUCCGUGUGUGUCUCCGGCUCCAGAGACCGUAAUGUGAACCUGUGGGAUAUGAAAAGGGGCUUGAGUGGGACAUUGGUAUGCAAACUGGGACCUCGUGGCCAAUACCGCACCACACACGAAGGCUGGGUGUGGUGCCUGGCAGCCAGUGGUGAUCUCCUGGCUUCUGGCUCCUUCGACAGCACAGUGAAGCUGUGGGACCUGAACGCCGGAGGGGCAGAGCGGGGAAACAUCCAGAGUCGCUCGGCCGUGCUCUCUCUCUCCUGCCAGGAUCACAUGCUGUUUGCUGGGUCACAUGACCAGAAAGUCAGCAUUUAUGACACCAGAGCUGCAGAUCCACUGGUCAAAAGCCUGCAUCUCCAUAGAAACAUCGUGCUGUGUCUGGCUUCUGAUGAGCAGUACAUCAUUUCUGCCAGCAAAGACAACACGGUGGCUGUGUUUGACCGCCGAGCUGGAAAACCACUGAAGAAAAUACAUCUGACGUCUUACUUGUUCUCCAUGUCGUACAGUGGGCGAGAGAUCUGGGCUGGAGAUUAUCAUGGACUCCUUCACACGUUCUCCAUGAACGAAGGCUCCUUUAAGUCAGUAGCCCAGUUUAACGUAGGCCACAGUUCACGGGUGACUGGUGUCCACAAUUCGGCUGGGACUCUUUACACCUGCUCGUCAGAUCGCACAAUUAAGGUUCACCUACCGUGUGCACCCCCAAAGACUCUGUGCACACUUCAUAAUAAAGCAGUGGUGAAUGGGCUGAGUGUUGAGGCCGGGGUGCUUGCUGUGGCUUCUGGAGAUGAAAAUGUGGAAGUGUGGAGGCCCAAACAGUAACACUGGUAUCAUCCAAAGGCACUCUGCAGUUUACCUUUUUAUUCCCAUGCUGACAAAAAGGUCUGUUCUUAUAUGGUGAAUAAAAUGUGGGGUGUGAUGGGGCAGGAAAGUAAUCAAUAGUAGGAUAAUGAAUAUCCCGAUGUUGAUUAUUUUCUAAUUACGACACAUCCAGAAGUGUUGUAAUCAUCUUAUACCACAGCAGUUUGCUAAUGCUAUGAGUUUUGUUUUAUUUAUUAAACAAUGAAACAUUGUAUCUCGUAUAGUUUUUUGUUGUAGAAAAUCCAAAAAUCAAGUUUUUGUUAUAAUUUAUGUUGUAGCAGCUAUGAACAUUUUUUUUUUCAACUUUGUUUUACCUCUGAGUGUUUCAAAGCACUAACACUGGAGAUUCCUUUAAUAAAUAAUUGUUUUUCUUUGUUAAAUAAUAGGUCUAAUAUUUUACAGAUUGAACAAUAUAAUAUAUUUAGUCACCUUUUGUUGUUAUAAUCUUCACUGAAGCUGUUCAACUAGAUUUUGGUGUGUGCUUGAGGAGAUUUUGUGCUCAUUCAGCCACAAUAGUAAAGUCAGGUACUGAUGUUGGGUGAAGAGGCCUGGGGUGUAGUCAGCACUCCAUUUCAAUAGGGUUAAGGUCACUCCAAAUCAUGUACACCACAUUUUCUUGGAGCUGGUUUUGUACAUGGGGAAUUGUCAUGCUGGUUUAGGUCUCCUAGAUCAAGUGAAGGAAAAAAUUUAAUGCUGCUUGCUUUCAAUGACAUCUUAUAUAACUGUAUGCAUCCAACUUUGUGAUAACAGGUGGGGAAGAACCACAUAUGGCUUAAAAAACGUAGGCAUCACAAUACUUUUGUCUGUAUACUGUAUGUUGGGCAUCCAUUAUAUAAGUCUAAAAGCAUUACUGUGUUCAAGUGCAUAAAUUGAUAGGCAACACUUUUUUUUUUAACUGAAUAUUAGACUAUACAAUUUGCAUAAUUACUAAAGUGCUAGAAUUUGAACUGAAUUCUGACACGUUAGUAAUUAUUCAAAUUGUAUAGUUUACAUCUUACAGGUUUAAUGCAAAAGGCAUUUCUGUUUGAACAUUAUAAAUAAAAAUAGAAAUAAAUAGAAAAGUGGCAAGACUUUUAAUGCUACACAUUUAUUUACGACAUUCUUUCUUUUGCUCAGAUAUAAAACAAUUAAUAAACUUCACCAAAAAUAUUGUUUUAUACUAAACAUUUGUUUUACUGAUGUGCCAAGUCUCAAAUCAAGCACCAAAAACCACCAUGGUGCAAUUAAAACCGUCCGUGUGAAAACAGCAUGAGUUCCAUUUGGCGUCCUGAUGAUUUACACCAACGUAAUUUAAAACCUCAUCAUUACUUUAAAACAUUUACAAGAAUAUUUAGUCUUCAUGCUUUAUGUUGAUAAGGUUUCACUAAUAAUGAAUAUUUGCAUAAAGCAUACAUAUUUGUCCAUGCCCAUGUUGAUUAGAGUAUUAAAAACUUGAAAAAUAUUAACUUAUGGUACAUUUAUAACAGAUAAAAAUGUGUGAUUACGUUGUGUGUGUGUAUAUAUAUAUAUAUAUAAUUUGACACUAAUAAGUGCUUGUUGCCAAGUCUGUUUCAGUUUUAGUCCCCCUUUGCUGUUAUUAUAACCUCCACUUUUCUGGGAAGGAUUUUCACUACAUUUUGGAGCAUGGCUUUGGGGGAUUUGUGCUCAUUCAGCCACAAGAGCAUUACAGAGGUCAGGUACUGAUUGUAAGCACGGUGCAGUCAGUAUUCCAGAUCAUCCCAAAGGUGUACAGUGGGGUUGUGCAGAGGGGAUUGUCACACUGGAACAUGUUUGAACUUCUCAGUUCCAGUGAAGGGAAAGUAAAAAGCAUACAUUUCAUUAACAUUGUGGCAACAAGUUGGGCUCAUAUAUGGGUGUAAUGUUCAAAUAACACACAGUUUUCAUUUGUGUAUAAUGUGUCUGAUAUGUGUUUUGCAGCAUAACCAACUAUUGCAUUAUAGGGAUUUAGGGGACAAUACUCUGGAAUGAUGUAUUUGGUUAAACUACAUACUGCUAAUCUUAAAUUAACUGUAAAAUAUGUAUAAUGUGUAAUAAUAGCAUGCCGGUUCAAUCAAAGAAAUUCCAUCUCUUUGCCAUUUCAUUUAAAUUCCCAAAGAUUUAUCUGCCACUUCAUAACAGUGUGCACAAAUUACAUUGUGGUGCAGUGGUUUACUUGGUUUAAAGCUUAAAAGAACUGCUGUUUGUCCAACAUUUAGACUUACUAAUCUUCAGUUUCUGUUUGCCACCUGUAACCUUGUAAUUUGCAUUUUAUUUGUCAGUUUGUUUUCAUUAAUAAAUACAUGUUGAGUAAA